AUGUCAACAAUCACUGCGGAAGGCGACAAGGUCGCCGAAACCACGACGCGACAGGAGAAUACUCUUGGAGAACUCCGUCUUCGUCAUGAAGAAACAAACGACAUCAUCCUCAUUCCGACUCCAACAGAUGACCCCAAUGACCCUUUGAAUUGGUCAAAGCCGUACCGCGUCUACCUUGCCGUCCUCGUCUCGUUCGCCAUUUUCUUUAGCAACUUCCUGGCGGCCGGCCCAUCCGUCGCUCUUAUAAGCAUCACCACAGACUUCUUUGGUCCUCCAGGUCCCGACCUCAGCGGCAACAUCGCCAAGGUUGCGUACUUUUUUACCAGCACUGCGCUCCUUCAAGGCAUGUCGAACUUGAUGUGGAUGCCCCUCAUCGCAAAGUUCGGCCGACGGCCGAUAUAUGUUGUCUCGUUCGCUCUCUACACUGCCUUCUCGGCAUGGGCUGGCGGUGCUACUUCAUAUAACAGUUCAUUGGGAGCGCGUAUUAUGAUGGGAUUUGCUUCGGGCGCUGCCGAGUGUCUGGCACCAUUGACCAUCUCUGAUCUCUUCUUUCUUCAUGAGAGAGGCACCAUUAUGGCCAUCUACACUACCGCACUGUCUGCAGGAGUUGGCUGUGGUAUCAUCAUCGCUGGACUCAUCACCAAGGACCUGCACUGGCGAUACAUCUACUGGGUAUCCGUUGCCUUGAUCGGGUCCUGCACCACCCUGAUCAUCUUUGCCUUUCCAGAGACGAGAUAUAACCGUGCAGGGGAUACAGAAGAGCCUCGAACGGUCACUCAGCACAAGCACAUCAUGAACCAAAGCUCCAAAGCCGAGGAAAUUGAUCCCGAGCCAUCUCAAAGAUUUCCACCAAAGCGCACAUAUUUGCAAAGCCUGGCCCUUUUCAGUGGCAUCCACACUCAAGAGUCGAUCCUCAAGCUCUUCUUCCGUCCAGUCAUCCUCCUAACUCUUCCUCCGGUUCUUUGGGCUACGCUGAUGAUGUCUGUCACAAUUGGAUUCCUCGUUGCCAUUACUUCCAACUUUGCUGUCGCUUUCAAUACCCUUUAUGGCUUUGAGGCAUGGCAGUCUGGUCUCUGCUUCAUCGCUUGCCCUGUUGGAGCCGGUAUUGGCGCUUUCUUUGGUGGCCGGUUCAGCGACAUGGUAGCUGACUGGUUAACUCGGCGCAAUAAUGGCAUCCGACACCCGGAAAUGAGACUCCCUGCUGUGUCAAUCUCUCUCGUUACUGCACCACUUGCUCUUGUGCUGUAUGGAGUGGGCAUCGAUAAGGGAUUACACUGGAUCGUGCCUACCAUUGGCUUGGGUCUUUUGAACUUUUCAAUUGUACAGGCCACCAACAUCAGCCUGGUCUAUACUAUCGAUGGCUACCGCCCCGUGGCAGGAGAACUUGCUGUGACACAGCAUGCAUUCAAGUCUGCUUUCGGCUUCCUUCUUUCAUUCUAUACAAACCCAUGGAUUGCCAAGUCUGGAUAUUCCAAUGCAUUUGGUGCCAUGGCUGGUAUUUCGGGGAGCGUUAUCUUGAUGUGGAUUCCCAUGUACAUCUGGGGUGGUCGAAUUCGCCAUGCUACCUGGAACUGGCCCUUUGUCAAGCGCUUGGCACAUUGGCACGAGGAUCGUGAGGUUGGCGAGUAA